CUGGUAGCAUUAGCUAAUGAUGUAACAAAGCACAGAAGGAGCCAUGAUGAAGAGCAACACAUCAUUUGUGCUAAAGUAAAAGGAGUGUGUUGCGUUUAAUCAGCUUCUAUAAUGUUAACAGUCCUCUGUUAUAACAUUGUAAUAUUUACCAAUCCGUCACUGUAUUCAGGGCGGGUCGCUACAGCUGACCAUCAUGGCUCCGAGUAACGGUCCAUCACAUCAACAACAAUGGAAACAACAACAUGAUGCUCGGAGAAUGUUACCCCUAUUUUCUCCCUCUAAGCAUCCCUCCACUGUCCCUCAUCCUCCUCCUCUCCACUCUCAGUCUCCUGUAUCUCUCCCUCACUUUCUGCUUUGGAGCGCUUGCCCUUGCUCUUAUUCUGCCUUCCUUCAUUCCCUCCCUCCUCCCUCUCUCCUCCUCCUCCUCCUUUAGCUGCGCUCUCGACUAGCUUUCAUUCCCCCUCACUCACACACUCAGGCAGCAUCCUCCCCAUCCUCUCCACUUCUACCUUCACACUCACCUCUUUGCGCCUCCCUCUCGCUGCUCCUCUUGCCUUUUUCCUUUUUUUUUUCCAUCACCUACUAACACAUAUCAUCCUUGGCAUCUCUCCCCUGCCUGUUUCUCCCUCUUCUCUCUCCUCCAUCUCUUUCAUUUCUCUCUCUUUUCUCACACAUUCAACCUUGCUGUCUCACGCGUUCCACACACACUCAUGCUGAUUGGCACCCAAGGACAGAGCCCCCUCUCUCCCAAACCGGCAACCGGGUGCUUUGCUUGCGGGUUUCUUGACUCUGAGCUCAGCUGAGGAAGAGGCCAUGGAGCACAGCCACAUCUUCCCUGUUUUUUCCCCCAAUGGGAGCACCUGGAGCCCGGGGCAGCAUCCCUCUGAAGUUACCCAGGGAUGCCCCCUUGGACCACUGCCUGUCAUCUACUACAGUGUCCUGCUCUGUCUUGGCCUGCCUGCUAACAUCCUGACGGUGGUCAUCUUGUCCCAGCUGGUGCUGCGUCGUCAGAAGUCCUCUUACAACUAUCUCCUCGCCCUGGCAGCUGCGGACAUCCUGGUCCUGCUACUCAUUGUUUUUGUUGACUUCAUAUUGGAGGAUUUUAUACUAGCUGCGCCGCUGCCUCCUUCACUAAACAAUGCAGUGCAGGUUCUGGAGUUCUCAUCCAUCCAUACCUCCAUCUGGAUCACAGUGCCUCUCACUAUUGACCGCUACAUCGCCGUGUGUCACCCGCUGCGCUACCACACAGUCUCCUACCCGGCCCGUACAAGAAAGGUGAUAUUUGCUGUCUACAUUGGGUGCUUGAUCUCUGCUGCUCCUUAUUACUGGUGGCCUGAGCUGUGGCACAGCCUGCCUGGGAUGGGUGGUGGAGAAGGAGAAGGAGAAGGAGGAGAGGGCAACAGGAGAACCGUAGCCCAGCAUGUCCUCGUAUGGGCCCACUGCACCACUGUCUACCUCCUCCCCUGCACUGUCUUCUUUUCCCUCAAUGCUGUCAUCGUUCGGAAGCUGCGCAGACGCCGCAGCUGCUUCCGUCUGCGCGGCUACUCCACUGGCAAGACCACCGCCAUCCUCCUUGCCAUUACCUCCAUUUUUGCUGUUCUGUGGGCUCCACGCACCCUCAUGAUCCUCUACCACUUCUACUCCGCUCCCCCUGCCUCCCAAGGUGCUGGCCGACUGCUCCAUAUGCUCACCGAUCUGGCUAACAUGCUAGCAUUGCUCAACACUGGAGUCAACUUCUUCCUCUACUGCUUCAUCAGCAAGCGUUUCCGGGGGAUGGCGGCCAAUGUGCUGCGAGCUCUGGUCCACUGUCGGAAGCAACCGCCGCCAUUCUAUGCCAGCCACAACUUCUCCAUCACAAGCAGCCCUUGGAUCUCACCAGCCAACUCCCACUGCAUCAAGAUGUUGGUGUACCAGUACGACAAAAACGGGAAGCCAAUCUGCAUUUCCUCUUGAGCUUUCAGACACCAGCAGCCUCCACCUACAGUGGUUUGCGAACAUAUUCAGGCUUUGUCUCCUUGGUGACCAGCUUACCCACAUGGGACUCUUUGAGGCUUGAAAAUGUCAACAUGCCUGAAGAGCACAGAGGCAGUUUAGCUAGCUUUGAGUGAUAACACAGUGGCAGGCUAGCAAGGUUGGAAAGGAAACAGUGGGUAUUCACAAAGCUGAGGCAAGCUUCAGAGAAAGGUUGAUUGUUUCCUCCAGCAAAAAAAUAAAAAUAAAGCUACUGUAAGAGACUGACUGAUAAAGGGAUCUCACCACCAUCUAUCACUGACUUUUAUGAGCCAAUGUUUGUAUCAGUGAUAAACUGACGACUAGAUGAGUCCUUGGUGAAGCAUCAAACGCCUGCUGACAGUGAUUUCUUUAUGACUGCUUGCUGUUGCACAACAGUGACGAGCUUUGAACAGCUGGGUCGUCUCUCCAUUGGGAGUCAUUUCCAGAAAUCAAGCAGAGAUUCAGUCAGAGUCCGGGCACUAAACGAUCCACCUCGAAGGGGUGAUUCACUCAGGCAGAGCCAUCAGCGGCAUGUCCAUUGUCCACGGUUAUGACUGUCUCUCAAGCACUUCAAAACAGCGCUGUCAUCUCCUGUUUAAUAUGCAGAGGAGUCUCAAAGGCAUGCUAAUUUGGGCUUUUAUGAAAUAAAUAGCCCUCCCUGACUUCCCUCAUCUUGACAAGUCACCUUUAAGUCGACGCUCGCUAUGGAAGU